CACUUUGUCCAGUACUUUGACUGUUUUGCGGAUGAUCGACACCUCUACAUAGCCAUGGAAUACCUGCCGUACGGUAACUUGCAAUCACACAUCAGCAAGCGGCCGUUGCCAGAGACAGAGGCUGCGUUGGUCACGGCGCAGCUUGCUCAGGGUUUGCAGCACAUGCACCGAGUAAACUUCAUCCAUCAAGAUUUGAAGCCUUCUAACGUACUGGUUAAUCGCGUGGGUCCGCAAUGGCAUGUCAAGAUCUCAGACUUCGGGACUGCAAAAGACACGGCUGCGUUUCAUUCGACAAGAGGUGAAAUAGGCACAGAAGGAUACAUGGCUCCUGAAAUAUAUCUACUGGGCGAUGGUCGAUGGACCCCUGCGGUGGAUGUCUGGUCUCUCGGAUCUGUGGCACAUUGUCUGCUGACGAUGCGGCCGCCUUUCAACGCUGUGCGAGAGCUCAUAUCUUUCGCGCAGCAGGGGACCCCAUUUCCAGUCAAAGCUGUUGGCAGAGCCAGCUACUCGGGCGUCGAUUUCAUCCAGAGGACGAUGACCGCUUCAGUGCACAAUCGCUUGCGUAUCGAAGAAGUCCUAGAACAUCCAUGGUUGGAAGUCACCUUUCCGAAAUCAACAAAGUAUCAGUAA